AUGCCGAAGAUAUUUCUAAUCAAGAAACGGCUGCAUGAGCAGCAACUUGGGUUGCAGGAGGGUCUGGAAUUGCUUGCCAGCAAGACAGAUCCACUGUGCUCAGACUCCCCGCUUGACGAUGGCCCCAUCCCUCUCCUCAUCAGAAAAGAUAAAGACUGUUCCGAACGAGAUGUGUUUGGGGAAAAUAAUUCGAAGAGCUUACAUGAAAAACGGACAAAAGAACCAAGAAGAUUUAUUUCGUCCAUACUUGGUGGUGAUAUACCGUAUGGAAGUCAUAAAGGACAUGUUCUCACGCCUGCUGAAAGAAAACAAUACUUACCAGUUGUAGAGGAAAAGAAAACAGAAGAACGACCACUUAUAAAAGAAGAAAAAGAUUCUCUUGACAGUGAUCCUGUAGUCCUGCCGUCAAGGAGUACGCCUUCCCCAGAAUCUUCACCAUCACCUAACGUUGAAAAUAAUGUUACAUGUCAGAAAGUAUCUGUAAUUCAGAGGACACCAUCACAAUCACAGUUUCGCGAUAGUAAAAAAGAAUUAUCUGAUGUCAGUAUACCUGCGACACUGCCAGCAUCUGAACCUGAACAAGAUCAGCCAAUUGACUAUGUUAUAGCUAAAAAACGUGGUGAAUCAGAAGACGAAGAAACUGAAAAGAAAAUAAGAGAACAGAGAAGAACAAGCAGUUCAAAAAUUGCUAAUAGUAUCUUAGCUAGACCAGUUCUUGUACUGAGAAACUGUCCAGGUAGUAAAGUUCCUGGAAUCCUCAAUGCUGCCGCUGGGCAUGGACGUUCAACUGGAGGAAGUGGAUCUAACGGCGGUUCACAAGGCAGUGGCGGUUCAAGCGGAUUCAGUUCAGGUGGUGGAAGCACAGCUCCUUCAUCGGGUGGUGGCGGAGCAAUUGGAGGAGGGUCAGGAAGUGGUGGUAAUGGUCGAGAUGGCAGAUCUAAUUAUGGACCAAACAGUCCACCUACUGGCAGUCUACCACCAUUCUAUGAAACACUUGGACCUUCCUCAAAAGGCGGUCAAAAUUCUUUUAACGCUAAUAGUAAUUUUUCAAAUGAAUUCAACAUUAUCAAUGGUUUUAAUAUGGAUUGUGAAAAUGCCGAAAACGCUGCAAAUUUCCCUGAACAAAGUAAACAGUAUUCUCUAAUGCAAAAUGCACACUAUGGCUUAGCAUUGAAAGAUGAAGAAAUAGAUUACGAAGGCAAACUAGAAAACUUGAGUGCUAUGGGGAACUAUGGAAAUAAUUUCGACGACCCUAUGGUUGUUGAUAUGGGUGACGAUGUUAUUGAUAGUUAUCAAUUUUCGACAACUUUAACGUUCUCAGGAGCAAAUGAAAGUAUUUUAGGGAAUCUUUCUGAUUCAACUGAAGAUUUCGCAAGCUUACUUAAUAAUCAUGUUGAAUCUAUAACCGACUCUGAAAUAAGAGAGUCUUCUUCGGUCACCCCAGAUUCAGUCCAUAAUCCAUUAGAUAUUGAAAGUUUAAGUAGACAGUAUUACGAGAAAGCAAACUAUUUAGCUUUUGCCAGUCAAGAACAGGGUUCAUCAUAUAAUUUUUCAAAAGACCGACCAGAUUUAUUGAUGCAACUUAAUCCAGCGCUCCUGCAACAUAACGAAGGACAAAUGCAACAACUACAAAUACACGUACAGUUCCAGCAAAGGCCACCAAUACUAUCGCCUGGCUUCCCAUUCACUAGUCACUCUUUAGACCUGGACUCUCCAACGGGUGUAUCGCUGCCUUCGCCCGGUGGCAACAACUCCUUAGACGGUAGCAGCCACAUCGAGAAUUCAUCGCUCAGCCCAGCAGCUGCUGUAAGUUUGAAGAAAGGCUCUGCCAGCGAUAGCAAAUUACAAAUCUUGCAACAAAGGUUGGGUCUACCGGCAGAACUUCCAUUGGAAUUCAUUAACGGUGGACAUGGAGUAAAGAACCCAUUAGCAACAGAAGCUAAUGCUAGACAAAGGGAAGAAGAGAAAAACAAACAAGUAUUAGUUAGUGAAGAUGAUCCCACAAAAUUUGUUUGUAGGGUCUGCUCAAAGAAUUUUAGUUUACAGAGGCUUUUGAACCGACAUAUGAAAUGUCAUUCGGAUGUCAAGCGAUACCUUUGCACAUUUUGCGGAAAAGGAUUCAAUGAUACAUUCGACCUUAAACGACAUACCAGGACCCACACCGGCGUCAGACCCUAUAAGUGCAACCUCUGCGAGAAGUCCUUUACCCAAAGAUGUUCGUUGGAGUCACAUUGCCUCAAGGUUCAUGGUGUUCAACAUACUUACGCAUACAAGGAAAGAAGGACUAAGAUGUACGUUUGCGAAGAGUGCGGCCACACUACAUCGGAACCAGAAGAGCAUUAUAUGCACCUCAAAAAACAGCACCCGUAUUCUCCAGCGUUACUCAAGUUUUAUGAUAAACGGCAUUUCAAAUUUACGAAUGCCACCUUCGCGAACCAACUCUUAGGACAGCUGCCCAUGCCUGUUCAUAACUAA